UACUGGGAAUAAGUUAAUGUUCUUAUCUAGUCAUGCUAACUCAUAGUUAGAAAGUACUUAAUACAAAAUACUUGUUAGAAGCUCACAUAUUCAGUUUCACUUUUGCUCAUCCUCCUGACCGGGUUUCAUAGUCGUCGUCGUCAUCGAGUCGUCCUGUCCCAUUCUACGCUUCAUUUAGUAAACUUAUAUUGACAGAGUAGCAAAUUAUAUUCAGCUAGAAAUGCAUACGACUAUUAAGGUUGGGGUGGAAAAUUAUAAGGAUGUUACCACUUCCACCCAUGAGAAUGAACAAAAUUAUAUUCACACUCACUCGGUGAGUAUAGCUCAGGAAACAGGUUUCAAACGUGCUUACCAUUUUUUCUCUUAGCGUCCCCUUCUUGACUCGGUCAGUAGUGCGAUAUGUUGUCGACGUAAGAUGUGCAAAGACUUAACUUAACCCCCAAACAUAUAGUAAUCUUUGCGUGAAAAGUGAUGUGUCCAAACUGGUGAUGAUCUUGACCCAACUGGUAAAUCAGGAUUUUAAAAGAUUACAACUAUUAGCGUUGCAAUCUUGAAACGAGGAGUGGGUUUUGUGGAUUUCGUAAAAAAUCAUUUCAGUUUCAUUUUCAAAAGUGACAACCUUCAUAAUUUGAAUUGAACAGCGCAGUGCACAAGUUAAAUAAAUAUAUUUACCUACCCUGACAAUUAUUAUUUAACGUUAAUGGCUCCCGGGGGUGCAUUAGUGUGGAAUAAGUUAUAACUAUGAACUUGUUAAAAUCUUGCCAAAAUUCAGCAUGUUGGCGAAUGUUAACAUUAACAUUAAAAGUUUGUAGUAUUUUCAUACUUGUUCAAAAUGUGAAUCCUGUCCAAGGAGUUUUUAGUGUCAAUAAGGCCAGGGGAUUGGAUGUUAAGCUGAGUCUAGUCAUUUUAUUUUCAGCCACAAGUUACCUUAGCUCUAAUGGGGCGACGAUUCUGGAACAUGGGAAACGACGUCCACAAAUUGAGUCAUCCCAAGAAUUUUCAGAGGAAAUUCUUACAGUUCGACCAAGAGUGUUGAGACGUCGAUUUGGGAGGCAGAUGAGCAUGCUGGCUCCUGCUCUUCAAACGAUGGGCUGUCUUCCCAAAUUUUUUUGCGGAAUGACAUCGAAAGCACCUUCAGAAUCCACUUCCACGCUUAAUGAUUUAGCAUAUUUGAUCAAAUUUGCAAUGGUUGACGAUCAUUUGGAGGAUUCUUCUGAAAACAAAGGAAAAGAUGCUUUAAAUUCAGAAAGUGAUUCAGAUGAAGUCGAAAAACAGAAGCAAGAUCAAAGAUUCGAACAUUUGGCGGAGGAACAGUUGAUUAUGGACGACCCAGAAUAUCUCAAUUUUAUUUGGAAAGAUAUGAAAAAGAAAAUUAAGAGCAAAUUUAAAGAUGGAAAAAUUGAUGAAGCCAUUUUAAACCAAAUGAUGUCGGAUAUUGAAUCAGAAUCAAAUGCAAAACGUCCAUAUCAACCACCAAGCUUAUUCUCGGGUCUAAAAAGUCUCCUGAGGUUUGGAAGGAGUACAGAUCAUAAACGAUUAAAUUCGAGAUUGUCUAAAUCAUUUUGGGAUACGGAUGAAUUUGAUGAGCAAAUGAAAUUAGCAGCCCGAAUUGGCCAAACCUCAGACUCUCGUAAAGAUGACCAGUGCACAUCCACCUUCAACUUGUGUCCGUACACAAUUAAACAAAUGAAAAGAAUGGUAACUGGUGAUAAAACGGAACCAGAAGAUGAAACGAACAAUAAACCUACGUUGCCUCCUUGGUAUGAAAAUUCUGAACCACAGCUUCGUCGCACAACCCCAAAUCCAAUUUCGCAGGCAAUUUAUAUCAUAAAUCCUGAGAACAUGGAUGGACAAAGACCUUCUCCACCAUCAAAAAUUCCACCCCCACAAAUCCCAAAACUCACAACUACCACAACAAUUAGGCCACGACAAACGUCCACUACAAUAAAAUCUCACAUUAGAAAACAGUUUUUAGGAGGUGGUAUAAGGGAACCUGAGGAUGAUGAAAGUGGAUUUGACAAUCCAAGCAUAACGUACAAUAAAAAUAUUAUCCCACCAUCGAGUGAUGUCAAAGUUAUAAAAAUCCAGGAGCAAGCAACAUCAUCUGAAGAAGAAGACGCCGAAGAACAUUUAAAGAAAAUACCACCAAAAUUUAAAUCCACUAUGAAGACCCAAGUGACAAAAUUAGGAAAUAAAAAGGUCCAUCCGACGGAGAAUUUAAAGGAGAAAAGUGAUGAAAUAUCUUCAGAAGAGGACGAAGUAAAAACAAAAUUGCCUCAUAAAAUUCAAAAAACUAAAAUAGGCCUUCCACGUCCAAAGUACAGCAUAAAGCAUAAAUAUCGCAAUCGACCUCUUAGCACAGAGCAAGGGAAGGAUCCAACCCAGAGCAAAAAGAAACAAGUUAUUGCCCAAUCUUCAGAGGAAUCUUCAAAAGAAUCAAAUAAACGUACCAAUUCUGAGGAGAGUGAUGAAACUGUAAAACCGUCUGCACCCACAAAAAGCUCGGAAGAAGAAGGUUCUGAAGAAAAACCAAAAGAGGUACAAAUUGCAGAAAAAUUGAGAUUAAAUUCAAAACAGCCAGAAAAAUAUAAAUUGAAAAAUAGACCAAAAAAUAAAUUGGAAUUUAAACAAGUUCAAGAUUCGGAUGAAUCAGUUGAAAAUCAACAAGAUGAAGAUGAACGAAAUAAAAUGAAAGAAAUCGAAAAAAGUUCGGAAGAAAGGAAUAAAUUUGCCGAUAGCUCAGAAGAAAAGGUGAAUGGGUCGGAUAAUAAAGUUUCUAAUUCACAAGAAGAACAAGAUUCAAUUGAACAGUCACAACAUCCAAAACCAUCCAUGCAUCCAAUCAAAUAUUCAUAUUACGACAAAAAUGGGGAGCAAAUUAUUACACAAAAACCGAAACCGACAAGUGGUGGGAUACUUGGUUCUUUAUUUGGAGGAAAUAAGAAAAAAUCUCAUCACGUUCACGCCAGCGCAAAUCAUAAGAAACCAGACACACAAAACCAAAGCUCUGAAUUAACUGUCAAAUCUUCUGAAGAAAACGAAGAAGAAAAAACAAGUUCAACUCAAAAAGAUGAAGAUGAAUCAUCGGAAGAAAUUAAACCAACGCCACUUUUACCAUCGUCAACAAGUCCUCCAACAACUCUUGGAACAACAACGACUGUAGAACCAACUAAAAAAUCUAAAAAAGAUAUAAACAAACCCGUGAUUAUAGAUCCUAGCAAAAGUAAACCUUUAAAAACACAAUCCUCCAAAUUUCCAAACCUUCCACGAUUUCCUCACCCAACGGGCACUCGCACCGAGUCUCCAACAACUAAACCACCCUCGACGACUACGCCCACCAGUCGUAAGGAUAACGACGAAGAGUAUGAAGAUACAAACAGUACCGAAGUUGAGGAUGAGGAAAAAUCCAUAGAAGCUGACUCCAGUUCCAGUAAAGAACACCUCGAUAAAACUGCAGAGAGCAAGGAAUCGUCUGAAGAAGAUCCAAAUCAUGUCAAAAACAUAUUUACAAAAGGGUCAAUUUCAUCUUUGGGUGAAAGCACGGAUGAUGAAAAGAGACCAGAAAUCCCACCACCACCUCCACCACCCAUCGCUAAUUGGAAACCUAUCAAUACGAACGAAACAAAGACUAAUUUCAAAAAUAUUACCAAAUCUCCAAAUGCACAAGCUACGUUAAGCACGCCUACUCAGCAGAGCACUGGUGGUGAGAGUGAUGAGAAAGCAGGAUCUGAAGAAGCGGAGAAUGACUCUGAAGAGGGCGUGGUUGUGGAUGGAGUUUUAUCCAAAGAAUUAAUCGACGAUGAAGACAAUUCAAGUGAAGAGGACAAAAAAAUAAAAGUCCCAAAUAAGAAACAUGAAGAUGACGAGGCUGACAAUAAAGAACCAUUAAUCGUGCCUGCGGAGGACGAUAUUCCAGAAUUAGGCGAUGAUGUUAUAACUUUAUAUCCAAAGCCUGAAUUUCCAUCACAAACUUCCACUUUUGGCAGAUUACCUGCACCCGCUUUGGCCCCCGUUUCCAAUUUCAAUCAGGUUAACGAGAUUAAAGUGCCCAUGGUCCCACCCACCAUCAAAGACGGUAAUAACGACCCAACUAAAACGGCAAGCACAGUAAUCGACGCUGCUGAACCGAAUACAAAAGCGGUGCCUAAUGCGGCCAGUCCGGCGGCUGCUUCUCCUGGUGGAGGAUUGCCUGGUGGUGGGUUGCCUGGUGGUGGAUCUCCACCAGGUGGGAGGGGACCUGGACGAUUGCCAAAUCCUGGGGGUGGUAAUAGGAUGCCUGGUGGGAACAAUAGACCCGGAACUGGAAAUAGUAACAAUGGAGCUGGUGGUGAAGAAUCGUCAGAAGAGGAAGUUGGAAAAUCUUCGGAAGAAGACAAAACGUCAGAAGAAGAGGAAGAAGAAGAUGAUGAUGGGAAGAAUGAAAGAUCAAAUCUUGGUAGUAAAAAGAACCAACUAAAAUCGUCAAAAUUAUUAAAUCAGACUACAACCCCAUCGCCCACUGUUGGAUCGUCCGACGUAUAUCCACCACUCCCACCAAUUUACAAGUGGAAAUCUCAACCCACGUUAAUGACCCGUUUAAUGAAGCCUAAAACUGCAAAACCCACUUUACGACUCCCGAAACCAUCCACCACUAAAGAUACGUUUUAUUCCAAACCAUUAAGUCCAAUGCUUGUUCAAUAUUUGAGAGAAACGUAUGGAAAUUCGUACGUCGUACCUCCAAGAAAACUAACGACGACAACGACACAAAAACCAAAAGUAAUAAAAAAGAAGAAAGAACCUGAAAAUAGUUUUAAGAAAACUUUUGAAAAUACACAAAGUAUUGGAAAUCAAGCAUCGGAUGUUAUUCAAUUAGACGAAUUUGAGCAUGUUGAUAAUGAGUUUAAUCGGAGGUUAGGAAUUCCCGGAGGGUCUAAAACCUCUAAAACAACAAAAAGAAGACGACGAAGGCCAGUACCGCCAGUUUUUGGAAAAAUUAUCACACUUCAAGGGUGACAUUAUUCGUUUCGUUAUUGGUUGCCUGCAUAACUCGAAAUUUAUUUAUUUGUAUUUAUUUAUUUAUAUCAUUUGAAUAAUAAAUAACAUAAUUUAUGAUAA